GGAAUUCGUAAUACUCAAACAAACCCUCCAAACCCCAUAACCUAAAGGAAGGAAGAAAUUGAGAAUCAAGUGAGUGUAUGGUUCACAGCGUUUCUAUUACCGUUCAAUUGUUAUUCGAAGGCCUUGUUUGCGCAUAUCAACGAUUUUUCUGAAACUUUUACUCAUUUCGACGGUAUUAUGUCGACGGAGAAAACUCAGAGCGAAAAUUGGGCUGAUAAAGGCGGUAAUGAUACUCUGAACGAAGAAAAACCAAGGUUAUCUGCGAAUGAACGCGAACGGGCUUCCCUACCGGUUAUAUCAGCUGAGGCAGGUUACAGAACGACUGAAGGACAUGAAACAACUUCUCCGAUGAUUGCCGGACAAAGAGAAUUGCCCAAAACGCCUACUACCGCAGGUUCCAAUGUUACAGUUCAGAAUUCCGCCCCGCAGCAGUCAGAAACGCGUCCUUUGAAUGUGAAAGAUGCUUUAUCAUACCUUGAACUCGUAAAGCACCAGUUUACUGAUCGUCCGGAGGUCUACGACCAGUAUCUUGCAAUUAUGAAGGAAUUCAAAGCACAAAGUAUCACUAUACCAGAGGUAAUAGAACAGGUAUCGACUUUGUUUCACGAUUACCCGCAUUUAAUUGAGGGUUUUAAUAAUUUCCUGCCUCUUGGUUAUCGUGUCAAAGGCAAACAAGCCGCUCCUCAACCCACACCGAAUGCUACUUCGACUACUUCGCAACCUCCACCGUUAGCUGCACCUGGCUCCUCCUCCCUUCCUCCUUCUUCCCCGGCUCUGGCAAACUGGACCAUCCCCGGUUCAACGGCCUCACCUCGCCCAGCGCCAUCAUCGCCUUCUACUUUUUCCCCAAAGCCUCAAGUUGACUUUAAUUAUGCAAUCGCUUACAUGAACAAAGUGAAAGCUCGAUUCCCCCCUAACUCCGGUACAUACUUGAACUUUUUAAGUAUUCUUCGUACAUACCAAAAGGAGCAAAAAACCCUUCAAGAAGUUCGUCAGCAGGUCUCCCAACUUUUCGUUGAUGCUCCGGAUUUAUUAGAAGAGUUUAAAUUGUUUUUGCCUGAUAAUUCGACAAACGAAGAUAUCUCAACCAGCAACCUGGAUGUCAGUCGGCUACCCCCAGUCGGUAACUUUACUCUGCCUACGACACAAAACCGUGAGCGUCGUCCUCGUCCAGCUCCUUCCGCACAAAUCGAGAGAUCAAUUGCUAAGCGGUCCAAAUUGGCCCGUACGGUGAACGAUGUUCAAUCUCCGUGUUCGUUAAAUGAUACAAAACUUGUGUCUAUGGCACCUUAUUCAAAAUUCGCUGCUCAAGAGGAAGAAGUAUCAGUGUUUUCUGUAUUAAGAAAGCACUUGGGUGACAUUGUAUUGUUUCAUCGGUUCUUGGAACUCCUGCACAUGUUCAGGGAAAAGCUUAUUGAUAAAACGGAAUUACUUAAUUCAUUCUCAAAAUUGGUGAAAAAUGAAGCUUUAACGUCUUGGUUUGCAUGGUUUAUUCAUUGGAACAAUGACACGAUUAAAGUCAAGAACGUCCCUGUUCCAGACCGUGUUUGGAAGGCGCAAACAUAUGAAAGUGUUGGUGUCUCCUAUCGGAAAAAUGAAGAUACUCAGUCAGGUGAGAUAUGUUCAGGUCGCGAUAGUCUGUGCAACGAAGUAUUGAAUGACACUUACCUUUGUGUUACAAACUACUCCGCCUUUCUCACGAAGCCGAGUCACUACGAGAACCAGUAUGCGGAAGCGCUUCAGCUUGUAGAGGACGAGCGUUGCGAGUACGAUUGGUCAAUAACAAUAUUUGAAGAAACUAUUGGUAUUCUGAGUCGACUAGCUGGUAUCAAAUCUCCAAAAGCAGACAUGGAUGGCGAAACAGAACUAAAUAAACGAAGUUUCGUUGUCAAAUCCGCAUUAAAAAAACUAUACGGCCAGGAGUGUUACAUGCAAGUAUAUUCUGCCGUUCUUAAAAACCCCCCGACGAACGCCCUCGUCGUUAUUCGUCGGCUAAAAGAGAAACACAAUGAAUGGACUCGCCAUAGACGUGAAUGGAAACGCGUUUGGGGACAGGUUGAGCGGAAUAAUUAUAAACCUGCAAUGAAUAUUCGGUUUUGUGAAAUAGAAGGUGCAGAUCGAAGAAACCUAUCAGCAAGGCGACUCAUAAAGGAAAUUGACGACCACUAUCAACGACAGAAACAGCGUAUAGAUGGUGCUGUUCCUGGUUUCCAAUUUACGCAAAUCCUUGAUGACCAUUUUAUCUUUCUAGACGUCUUAAAACUUUGCGAUGCUCACCUUUCAUCUUCAUCAUUUUAUUCCUAUGCAGAUAAGGGCCGGAUUAGUGCGGUCCUGAAAGCGCUUUUAUCUCAAUUUUUCGGAAUUCCAUUGCCACGAGAAGCUCUUGAAAAUGAACUUAAUUCAGAGGCCAUUGAAUCUGUUGAACAUCACCGUGACGGACUGAGUAAAAUUAUUAGCCCUAAAACCAAUCUCUCAGAAAACACUCCGUCUGAACCACCCGAGUCUCAACCAGUACAAGAGACAAAGGAAACUGUUCAGCGAAAUACACCAGAAAAAAACAAUGGUCCUAAUGUUCGUGCUCCAGAAGGAAACGUUCAAGCUAGUUACGAACAAGAUUCUUUCUCUAAAAACUUAAUGGGUUACAACUUCUUUGGAAACUCCAUUAUGUAUCUCCUUUUCCGGCUAAUAUCAGUAUGCUAUGAUCGUCUUUAUCGUGUAAAGCUAGCAUUACAGAAAAAAACACAACCUAAUAAAACAUACGAAGACGUUCUGGCGAAUUGCAUUGCUUUCCUAAAAGGCUCAAUGGAUGCAAGCAGUAUCCAAAAAUAUUUACAAUCGUUCAAUAAUGAAGAUUGCUGCACGCUGAGCUCACUUGAGAGAAUCAUGAAAAUUAUUUGUUAUCGAAUCCAUGAAGUGCUAUUGGAUCCAAAACUUGGUCAGCUACUGCUUCUUUUCGAGUCAGAUGGCGCAAACUCCUCUGCCACAUAUCGGGAACAAAUGAUCUACCGGAACUGCGUAGAAGCCAUCGUUGCACCCGAAAGCAAGCUUUACAAUAUGCGCUGGUAUCCGCUACAGAAAAAGCUAUGCAUCCAACAACUUUUGCCGGGGGAUACAACUCAACACGAGUUUGCGGCACCGAGUAAGGCUUUCACAUACUACGUGGAUAGUUAUGCGAUUUCAUUAAUCACAGAAGGCGUUGACUUUAUCCAAGUGCGUAUGCCCUUUCUGCGCAGUUCCCUGCAAAAAAUUUCCCAGUAUGGAUAUAUGCUUGGGCGCGAAACAGGCCAGGUUUGCGCUUUGCUAAAUGAACAGUUUUGCAAGUCAAAUCUCCAGCUGUUCUUUUCGCCGAAAACAUACACCAUCUUUUUUGAACCGGAAACGGAGAAUGUUUACAUAAAUUCUUUCAACAUGUGGGUCGAUGAACGGACAAAAUACCUGCGGGAACGACGGACACUUGUUUGGCGACGCUGGCUGAACCGAACAAAAGCGUGGAAAGGUGAUCUUCCGCUGCACGAGGUAGAGCGCUUAUCCACAUGUACUCUAGAGCAAGUGAUAUCUUCCUUUGGAGAAAAACCUGUAGAAUAAUUGUUUGUUAGAAAAUUUAUUAUUGUUUUGUUGACUAAAUUUUCAAAGUCGACCGUAUCUGGGAUAUAUAUAAACGUUU